UGAAUUUUUUCACACUCAAACAUUUCUUCUGUACCCUUGCUGAAACCUUGUUCAACUAUUAUCGAUUGUAACUCAGAGCACAGUGUAUCUGGAUGAAGUACUAGUAGUAAUUGUGUGCACAUACUGUAGUUUUAUGAUGGCUACACGCAUACACUCGACUUCGUUGAGGAGCCUUCGACAGGCAAUGAAGAAGGAGAUAACGCCUGCUUCUCCAGCUGGUCUUCAUGCAUAUGUCAUUCCCACCGGUGAUCGCCAUCAGAAUGAGUACUUGGCGGACUGUGAUCAGCAUCGUCAGUUCAUCUCUGGUUUUACCGGCUCCUGUGGCACGGCAGUGGUUACAGACAAGAAGGCAUUGCUCUGGACAGAUGGCCGGUAUUUCACACAGGCACUGCAGGAGCUUGAUGAGCAUCACUGGCAGCUCAUGAAACUCGGUCUUCCCGAUACACCCACGAUUGAAUCCUACUUGUCCAAGGAACUCCCUACUAACAGUUCUAUUGGGCUGGAUCCAUCCACAAUGAGCAUUGAUGCCUACAAUGACCUUGUCAAGGGCGUCCAGGAUUCUGGCCAUGAAGUUGUCUGCUGUGACGUGAACCCGGUGAAUACAGUUUGGGGUAAAGACCGUCCAGCACUGGAAUGUCAGCCUAUUGUGCCCCUGGAAGUUUGUUAUACAGGCGAAGUCUGCCACAAGAAGGUGUCUGCUGUUCGUGAGAAGCUGAUUGACAUGCAGUGUGAUGCACUGGCUGUGACCGCACUGGAUGACAUAGCGUGGCUGUUCAACUUGCGUGGCUCAGAUAUCGAAUACAACCCGGUCUUCUUUUCCUACGCAUUUGUGUCCCGUGACAAGCUCGUGCUGUUUGUGGAUGAGUCUCAGCUCACACCGGCGGCGCGGAGCCAUCUUAGCGAGGAGACAAAGUCAGAGUUGGAUGUGAAGGACUACGGUCAAUUUCAUGUGUAUUUGAAAGCGUAUGUGGAUGCCAACCCAAGCUGUCGCAUCUUGGUCAGCAACCGGUCCAGUCAAGAUGUAGCCAACACAGUGCCCAAGAAGAACAGUGUGGUUGGAUCUAGUCCUAUACCGCUGAUGAAAUCCGUCAAGAACACCGUGGAGCUGAAAGGAAUCCGUGAAGCUAGUAUCCGCGACUCAGCUGCGCUGUGUAAGUACUUCUGCUGGCUUGAGAAAGAGGUGAAGUCCAAUAGGAACGUGACAGAGCUUUCUGCAGCUGAGCAGUUACUCAUGUUUAGAAAGAAUGUUGAUAAAUUUAUGGGCCCUAGCUUUGAGACAAUCUCAGGUUCUGGUCCUAAUGGUGCUGUCAUCCACUACAGAGUGACACCAGAGACUAGUCGUCCUAUCACUAAGGAAGAGAUGUACCUCUGUGAUUCCGGUGGCCAGUACAAAGAUGGCACCACGGAUGUGACAAGAACUAUGCACUUUGGAGAAGCCACGCCACAUGAGAAGGAAUGCUAUACCCGUGUAUUGAAAGGUCACAUCAAAUUGGCGAGCACCACCUUUCCGGAAAAAUGCCGAGGUGCUUUGUUGGACACGCUGGCAAGAACAGCUCUCUGGGAGGUUGGUCUGGACUUUAACCAUGGAACAGGUCAUGGCGUUGGUGCAUACCUCAACGUGCACGAAGGUCCACAAGCAAUAAGUCCCCGUGCCACUAAAGAUGCCGGUCUUCAAGCCGGUAUGCUUGUCACCGAUGAACCAGGCUACUACGAGGCUGAAUCAUUCGGCAUACGCAUCGAGAAUGUCUGUGUUGUCGUUAAGAAAGAUACCAGGUUCAUGUUCAAUGACCGAGACUACCUGACUCUGAGGCCUAUGACACUGGUACCAUAUGAGACGGAUCUGAUGCUGACGUACCUACUGACAGCUGAUGAGAUUGAGUACAUCAACACAUAUCAUUGGGAAUGCCAGCAGCAGGUCAUACCUCUGCUAAAUGAGAAGGACGAUACCGACACCAUCAGGUGGUUGCUACACAAAACUAAGGUCAUUGGAUAAAAUGCACCACAGGUUGCCAUCAAGGUGUUCUCACAGCUGAUCACAGCUGAUCACAACUGAUCACAGCUGGUUUUCCGAAAUAUUUCAUCCUACUUCGCUUAGUUAGUUUUGUAGCGUAUGCAGCUGUUUUUAAAAUUAAUCGUCUCGUGAUGCCUUUCCUUUUAUUUUUUUCUUGUCACAACAAUACAAUACAAUACUAUACUAUGUCAAUACAUCAUGUCGAUACAGCAAAAUACUUUUGAACUUUGCAGUGCCUGGUACACACUUCCUUAUUUGGGCUGAUAGCAUUCACAAUUAUCUUCUCUUUGUCAACUUUGACAGUAGGUAGGUGUGGAUGUAGAUCCCUCUGCAGCAUGUACUAGGGAGAUGCUGCUGCUGCUCUUGCUGUUGCUGUUGCUGCUGUUGCUGCUGUUGUGUUCUUUAUUUGAAUUCGCAAACCGAACGCACAGAACUGUCCUGUGAUUAGGGAGCGAAUGAUGAGCGUCAGAUCACUAUGCCAACAGAAGAUCUCGGGGCCAAAUCAGACAGAAUAAAAGUUGUAUUUUCA